ACAUUUUGUAAAACGCAGAUGGAAGGCGUCGACAAUCGUGAUCGAGACCAGGCUUGUAAUGAAUGCCGACGUAGAAAGGCGAGAUGCGAUAAACUCGUACCCGAGUGCUCUCCCUGCAAAAAGAACAAAAGACACUGUCUGUACGCCCGAAACAGCAAAACACCCCUGACACGGAAAUACUUGACCGAGAUCGAAGAGCAGCUUCGCCGCGCUCAGCUGCAAGCGGUACGCGCUGAAGAUCGUGCUCGGCUGGCGGAGAGUCGGUUGCAAUCUCAAUCUCAAUCACAACACGCGUCCAUCCCGGAGCACAGCGACAGUGAACAGUUCACAAUCCCCCCAGAGAACGUUGUAGAGCAUGCAGCUACUGAAGACGCAGGGACGUAUGCAACAGACGAGCCGCCGUUAUCAUUUGAAGGUCCUCCUUCUGGACCGGCUGAUUUCAGCUGGGACGAGCAGUCACCGGAAGCCAUCCAGACCGAAAUAGGUGUUUCUCAGUCUUAUGGAUCGCCAGAGGAAGACGACCGAACAGCUGAUGGCAUGGCUUCGUUGACAGUGGAUGAAAAUGAAGCCGGUUAUCUAGGCGUAGCAUCUGGCGCAGCCAUGCUCAGACUGCUACUCCCGGACGCAAAUCACGACAGACCAGCGAGACCCACAACUCGAUCGAGUAGACAAAGCACGCAACCUGCAAAUAUGUCAAAUCACUUACUAGAGACCCCCUUGUGGGACAAACUCCGCCUCUUUAAUGUCGACUUUGAUGCUGCAAUCAACGGCUAUUUUGGUCUAUAUCAUAACUCCUAUCCGCUAGUCGAAGAACAUACCUUUCGUGCACAGUUCGGUCAUGUCAUUCCCCGGCCUAAUGGCCGAAGCUGGCAUGCUCUGGCUUUCAUCAUAGCUGCAAUUGGACAUUUCACCACCGCCACGGAUCAAACAGACACCGAUCGGAGGCUUUUCAUCGCUGCUCAGUCGAAUUUGUCGAUUGAAAGUCUUGAAACGGGGAACAUCACUCUUGUGCAGACGUUGACACUUAUGUCGAAUUAUCUCCAGAAGAAAAAUAAACCCAACAGUGGAUAUAACUAUCUCGGACUCGCAUUGCACAUGGCCAUGGGUCUCGGUCUACAUAAAGAAUUCCAGGGCUGGGAUAUCUCGCCUCUGAAUAUGGAGAUCCGCAGGCGAGUUUGGUGGUGCAUUUUCGUCUUCAAUGUGGGGGCCGCCAUCACCUUCGGACGCCCAGUAGCGUGGCCUGGGAACGUGGAACUGUCGUUACCAUUGAACGUUUCUUCCAGGGCUAUCAACAACUUGUCACGAUCUAUUCCCUCGGAAGCUGAUCACAUCACUACUUAUAGUGCUGUAAUCAUGCAGUCUAAGUUCCAUAUGUUGACUAACGACAUUUACGCGCGAGUUAUUUCCAUGCCUUAUCCUACCACGGCCGAAUUGAUCCGCCUCGACGAUGAUCGGAUAAAGACCUGGGAGUCUAAAGUACCGUCGUGGUACUCCAGAGAUGCCACUGUACCUCCCCAGUUUGCUACUGGACAUGCUAUAAUGUGGUGGCGCAAGAGUAAUUUCAGGAUCAUCAUGUACAGACCGUACGUAAUGCGCCAUGUACUUCAAGCGAGGUCUCAAGAGAGCAACACGAGUAUGCCUCAAGCCGCGCAAGAGGCGUACAACCGAUGUCUUCAUGAAGCAGAGAUAAGCAUCAACACAAUUAGUAGCUUUUGGUCAAGCGCAUCACAGACCAGAUUAGCUGCGUGGUACGCAUUAUACUUUCUAUUCCAGGCCUCACUCAUUCCCUGUGUGUGUCUGCGCAACACGUCCGAACCGUCAUCCCCCAUGGCACAGAAUUGGCGCUCGCAAAUCCGCCAAACAAUGCAUACGAUGAAGCUCAUCUCGCCCACAAACCCUAGCGCCCAAGAGUGCUACAACGUAAUCCAGCGACUUUGUGGUCCAUUCCUGCAUCCGCAGCCCCCCGACCAGAGCUCAGCAUCUCUAGACAUUACUCCGGGAAGCGCUAUUCUAGAAUUUCCGACUCAAGAAUCUCCUCAGACACAGAUCAAUAAUGUGUAUGCCAUGAUGUGGCCGAACGCUAACCCCAGUGAGGUGGACGUACUUAUGCAGGAUGGAAUGUGGACUGGUUUCUUUCCGGAUACCGAGGACGGAACACAACAGCCAUUAGGUGGGCCAAAUAGUGAAGGAGCGAUGCCAUAUCCGUGGACCUGA